CGAUGUCACCAUCGCAUCACAACCCCGGGCCCUUUCUAGAGGUGGGGCUGGGGCAGCCUCAGGCGGCCCUUUGCCUGCGAGCCAGCGAGUUAGUGAGCGAGCGAGCGGGUGAAGAGCAUGGCCUGGAGCUGCGAGGAAGGAGCCAGGCAGCGGGAUUCGCUCUCGGCGGCCUUUGGCUCUUCUUGUUGUGGCAGAUUGACGCUGUCAAUCGUGGGGAGCGGAGGAUCGUGCAAAGGGACUUGGGCGCAGAGCACCGUGCCGGCUGCACGCUCGAGGCACCCUCCCUGGGGCGAGAUGGUCGCCCAGAAGCUGAGCGCCGUGUGCCUGCUCGGGGGACUGAGCCUGCUGCUGCUGUGGCUGCUCAAGGUCCCUUCUGCAUGCAACCUGCUGCUGCUGGUGGUGGUGGUCUUCAUGCCUGGGGGGAGAAUCCCCCAGCCCAAGCAGCUCCUGCAUCCCGGCGGAGGGGACAGGCUCCCUGCUAAGCCGGGGCUGGCUUUUGGCGUGCAGGGGACUUCUCCGAGCAGCAGCAGGCAGAGAAGCAGCAAUAAGAAACACAGAGCAGCCUCCUUCCUGCCCAAGGAAGACACCGAGGAGCCGGCAGCAAGGCAGCAGGCAGGGUCGAGCACGGGCACAUUUGCCAGAGGCCGAUCCUGCCAGUCUGGCUCGGACUCCAGCCCUUUUCUCCCAUCGCCCGGCCGUUCCCAUGUGGAGGAAGACGCCUGGCACCUGCCUCCGCCACCCGAUGCUGCUGGCGCAGGCUUGUCCCAUGCCCCCAAGGACCUGCCCAAUCCCCAGCAGCGCAGGGCUGGCAGGGCUCGGCCCUGGGCAGUGGCAGCUCCGCCAACCUGCCGGGAGAGGACGCGUGGAGCCUGCGGGGUCUUCCCAGGCCACCGUCAGCACCGCAGGCUCCAGAGAGCAGACGCCAAGCAGCCCAGAGGUGAAAGGUCUCCUGCUGCAAAGCAGCCAGCCACGCGCUCUGUCUUCACCAGCACGACAGACCUGCGCAGAGCUGGGCACAGGCGGCCUUCUCCCUCGCCAACCCCCACGGGGCCCCUGCCCCCGUGGGCACAGCCACCCCCCCAGGACGCUCUCGCCAGGCUCCGGAGAGCUGCCUUGCAGACCCUGCCGCUCGUGGACUACAAGGGCGUGGGGCAGGGCAGAGCCGUGCAGUGGCUGCAGAGAUGGUGGCGCGGGCUGCGCAGCCGGGGGGACAGCAGCGUCUGGAGGAAGCGGGGCCCUGUCCCAGCAGCAGAGAGCUUGGCACCCGCGGGCACCGCUGCAGCAGAGCAGCAGCACCAGCUGUGCCCCUGCCAGGCUCCAAUCCACGCCCUCUUCAACGCCAUGGUCAUGGAGGCGUAGGCAGCACCAGCAAUAAAAGUACCCGUGGGAGUUUAUGGGCGAGGAGGCUCAUCUUUCUUGACAAAACCUUCCAGUGAGUUUCCCCAAGGCUUCAUCCCCUCACACUCUCCGCCCUGCAGCCUGACAGUCAUCCCCACGUCAGUGUCUUGGGGACCUGACCACCAUCACCACCGCAACACAGACAACAAGGGAUGCCCGCAAUGUCUCACACCAACCCUGGGGUCAUCCUUGACUGGCGAGAUCCCCUCUGUCCUUCAGAGCCACCGGCCAGAGGGGACAUCUUUGGACCCCAAAUGGUGAUGCUCCUGCUUCCCUCAGCAUCAGCCCCCACUGCUACCCACCAACCCCCCGUGCUCGGCGGGACUGCUGUGCGGGCCUUCCCUGCCCGCCAGGGCAGUCUCCUGCCCUGCACUGCCAGUCUCACUGAGCAGCACAGCAAGGCCAGGGCAGCGUGAGCCCAAGGAGCGGGUCGCCACGCACCAUGAGACAACGCCCUGCUGGGAGAUGGACCUGCGUGCCCAGAGUGCCCCUGACUACCACUGCCGGCUUUGGGACCCCCGCCCAACAUAAACCAGUUCUCAGACAGGGGACAUCCGCCACCCCCACCAACCACUCCCACAUUCAGGGCUCCUGCCCCAAACCAGCACCGGGGCUGUGGAGAGAACCGCUACUAAAUGCGGUUUUGUCUCGACAUCGCCGCAGCUGCCGCAGAGCCGCUGCCACCAAGGUGCACUGGGCAACGCCGCGCUGGCACCGUCGGGAGCCGUCCGUGAGGUAAACAACCUCAUGCGCCUGCGCAGGGAAAAAGGCGCGAAAAGGGCAGAAGGCUUCUAGGGGAACAGCACGUCUGGCACGAACCGCACGUACACCUUUGCGAUCUGCGCAUGAGCACGAGACCCCCAGAAGCCCCCAGCCCGUUUCUGGAAGGUUCCGGGAGGGCGGACUGCACAUGACAGCUAAUCUGCAUGGGGAGUGAGGAAGCACCUCCCAGAGUGGGGCAAGAACCUAUAAAAACUGCAGACUGUGUGAAUGGGGGGGGCUUGUUUGCAAGGACUGGAGAUCUCGAACGGAGUCGGGGGGUUGCCGACGGCUGAGGAUCUCAAACGGAGUCAGCGGAACAUCAUCGGACUCGGAGUGGCGGUAGCUAGUUUCUGUUCUCCUUUUCCAACUUUAUCUUUUCCCCUUGCCGUUGUUCCCCUCUCCCCUUUGCCUCCCCUUCGCCUUUCCCCCACCUUUUCUCCCCACUUUGUGGAAAAUAAAGUUAAAAGG